GGCCUAGGCAAGCGGCAGCGUAUGCGAUACAAGAUGGCUCUUUUGCUUUUGGUCUUGAUGAGCCGGGUGUUCCCGUUCCUGAUGCAGCAUUGUGAGCAAGAGAAGAUUGGGAAAUGGUCGCGAGAGCGCGCCCGACCGAGUACAAGCGCUCGAGGCGCACAGCAACAUGGUGGGCGGCGCGCGGCGACGGGCGAAGACGGAACCAGGCGGGAGAGACAAAGGCAUGUAUGUGCAAGGCGUUUUGGACUGAUCCAAGCGGCGACGAGAGGAUAUUGAAGAUGAUGGACUUACCGACGCGACAGGCCGCAGCAAAGUUGGGUCACGAGAUUUUUUUUUGGUGGUGGUGAGGAUGGCGACUCGCGUUGAUUUGAUGGAGGUUCUUGUCUCACUGGCGCGUGUGAAAUACCUGGCAAUGGGCAGCUGUGCGCGAGCUGCACGCUGUGUGGAUGCGCCUAAUAAGCAGUGCACCCAAGUAGCCGUCGACGUUUGGCGUGUGUGGCUAUGGGCUAGUUUAGGUAUUCAGGUAUAGCUGUGGUGCAGAUGAUUGGAGAGGAAAAGAAGAUGCGGGAUUGGUAGUUUAUUAGGGAAAACAGCGAACGGCGGGGUUCUUGUCCUCGAUUCGGUGAAAUAGAGGCACGGCCCAAAACAGGGAUAGGUCAGCCACGCUGGGGGGUAACUUUCCAAGGUUCCAAGGUUUGCGUGGCC